UGCUAGAGGGUGGACGCGCGCUCUCUCACUCCUGGUCGUACACUGUGUGGGUUCCGUAUAAGACUUUUAAUAAGUGUUCGACAUUGCCAAACAUUAACCAAGAGUCGGAUUUCAAGUGUUUUUUUUCGUUUCGUCCCAGUAUGAGGACGGUAGAAAAUAUAUGAUAGUAGUUGGAUUUGCGAAGCGGAGUCAGUCGGGCUUUUAUAAUAAACCCCAUCCAAGAAGAGAAGGAAUUUUAAAUCAUUUCUCUGUACAAGAUGAUGACCGUUAACCGAUGAGAUGGAUUCUGAGGGCCGCGCAAGGUCGGGGGCCAAUCGCAGUAGUAGUAGGCGAGGCCCGCGCUCUGAUUGGCGGAGCAGUAACCAAUCCGGGAGCGCCACUUCCUCGGCGAAUCAGUACUCUUCGAGCGACGAGGACCCCGAAGUUAGCAGGAACACUGGCCGGGGCUACCGAUCGGCGCAGAGGACAGACGCACUAUGUCAAAGUUAUCGAAUGCACCACCUUAUUCCUACACGUGACCGCGGCAGUAACCGUUCCCGCGCCACCACGCCCCUCAGCCACACCUCAGACCCUGACGUAGGCGACCCACCCUCUCUAGUCUCCCUUCAGGACGCCGCAAACGCCCACCACAACAACCUCUCCCACUACCGCGGCCAAUACUCUACCGCGGGCGUCGGCGGCGGCGGCGUCGGCGGCGGCGACUCCACGGCGGCCGUCAUGAACCAGCUCAGCUCCGCCCACGGCCACUACUACCAGGAGAUCCCCCAGACCGGCCACCACUACGCCAACCACCUGGACGAGUACGACUCCCCCGUGGUCAAGGGCAGCCGCAAGUACCCUCAGGGGCGGCGGAUGCCCGGCGGGGGCUCGUCCCUCUCCUCGAAAUAA